AGAAAAAUAGGAGAAUAGGGACGAAUAUGGAAAUUAAAAUGAAACGUACGUAAUUGUAUUUAACGUUGUGAAACUAUUCAACUUCAUUUUCCUAAUUAAAAAAGGUAAUUUAAAUGGGAGUCAAGACAGAGACACAACUGAACAGUCAGUAAACUUGUUUUCCUUUUUCUUAUAUUCAGAUCAUCUUGCUAAUUAAUUCUCUCUCUUCCCCCACCCCACCUCCACAACCACUGUAAUACGCCUCUCUCUCUCCACUACUCAAAUGUGUAACGCCAUUAUUUUGUAACUUCCCACAAAAAUCCAUUCUUUCCUACUUUUCCUUUUCCCUUUCUCCAUUUUUUUGAACACACACACACACAAAAAAAAAUGAGGCUCACUACUACUCUUGCUUCCCUGUUAUGCCUUGUUUGGCUGAUCACCAUUUCAUCUCCGGCGGCAGCUUCCUUCAGUUGCCGAUCCGCCACAACUUGUGACGCCAUUAUUGACUACACCUUACCCAACGCCACUACCUUUAACGCCGUAAAGAAACUCUUCAACUUAAAGAAUCUCCGUUCCCUGCUCGGCGUCAACAACCUCCCUAUCAAUACCCCUCCUGAUCAGAAAUUACCCGCAAAUCAAACCAUCAAAAUCCCCUUUCCUUGUCUCUGUAGAAACAAUACCGGAAUAGCCAACAAACGGCCCGUUUACACCGUCGUCGCCGGUGACUUCCUCUCCCACAUAGUCUCCGACAUCUUCGCCGGUUUAUUCACCCUUCAGGAACUCCAGACGGUUAACAACAUACCUAACCCGAAUUUGAUACAGCCCGGGGAUAAAUUGUGGAUUCCACUGCCUUGCAGCUGCGACGACGUUGACGAUGAAAAGGUUGUUCAUUAUGGUCGAUUGGUGAGCGCUGGCAACACCAUUGAGGCCAUUGCUCAGCAGUACAAUGUCUCCCAGGACACCCUUUUGAAACUGAAUGGUUUAGCAAGUCCUAAACAACUUUUAGCUGGCUCUGUUCUUGACAUUCCGCUUAAAGCUUGCCAAUCAACGGUGAGCAAUACCUCACUGGACUAUCCUUUGCUAGUGCCAAAUGACACAUAUGUCUUCACUGCUGCCAAUUGUGUAACGUGCAAGUGUGAUGCUGCGAACAACUGGAUCUUGCAAUGCCAACCAUCCCAGAUAAAGUCAUCUCUUUGGAAGACAUGCCCCUCGAUGCAGUGCCAAGGUUUAGAUAACUUCUACAUUGGGAAUGUCACGUCUUCAGAUUGUAAUUCCACAUCUUGUGCUUAUUCUGGUUACAGCAACCAGACCAUUUUUACCACAAGCACUCAGUCAACUUGCCCUGCCUCUGACAAUGGCGCUUCUGGAAUGAGGUCAGGGACAUGGAGAUGGAAUAUCAUCCUGGUUGCUAUCGCUAUGUGUUUCGUAGUUGAGAUAACUCCAUGGUUAUAGGAAAUUCCACAUGGUGAAGUCUGUAAAAGGGUGUAGUUUUUUUUAGCUUAUAGUAGCAUUUAUUUAUGCUGAACAUGAUUUAGACAACCUUUCUUGUUUUCCCACUUUAGUCACGGUACCUGUGUCAUUUGUCUGUCUUCCAGAUUCUAACUGUUAAAUUUGAUAUUUCUUUUGGUGAAUGCCAUGUCGGUUUGAUUA